AACAGCCCUACGACAAGUUCUGCUCCGGGGCCACACACAUCGACGUCGACGAGUUCAAAGACUGCUUCUCCCACCGAGUCUCUCCCAUCUAACCUCCUUGGCUGUCCCCAAGCCAACAAUACAAGAUACGCCGUUCCCGGCUCACAAAAGACCUUUUUGCUCAUCUGCGGAAUAGACUACAGCGGCGCAGGCCAGGCAGUCGAAGUGGGAAACUUGUAUACAGUAGACAUGGAGGAUUGUAUGGCCAACUGUGCAACGUUUCCGGGCUGUACAGGUGCGGGAUGGGGGAUUAUACCAGGCGAUGCAGGGAGCGAGCAUAGAUGCUGGCUAAAGGGAGACUUGGGGAAGACGCAUCUGUUGAAGCCUGGGUGGUAUUUUGCGAUUUUACAAUAA